AGAGAGAGAGAGAGAGAGAGAGAGAGAGAGAGAGAGAGAGAGAGAGAGAGAGAGAGAGAGAGAGAGAGAGAGAGAGAGAGAGAGAGAGAUUGACUCGGUUAUGAAUAGAAGUGCACUUGAAAUUUUAGCAUUUGCAUGGAAAGUUUAGGGUACUCGGGACAAAAUGUCGGGUGAUCUGUUCGAUUGCGAGUUUGAAGGCACAGCUGCGAAUUUGAGGACCUAUUUCCGGAACGAGUUUCGCUGUAGUCUGUUUGGAUUAGAGGGGCAGCAUUGGAAGAGCUUCGUUAGAGCCCGGUGGUAUGGAUGGGGGGACGACAGAAGGGGGCAGUGGGUGUYCGUGGUUGUGCGGCUUUUCCUAGCGAUCUACUGGAGCAUAUGCCUGCUACUGGAUGCGCUUUUUCAAGGGGCCGGCCUCGGCUCCAYAUACAACUAUGACUCUAUUCUGGACGAAAGAUGGCUGCUUUAUCUCACCAACUGGUGUGCUGUUAUUGAGGCUAUCUAUUUACUUCUUGCUGCUCUUGUCUGUCUCCUUUUCACACUAAAUGCCUAUCCUCUGUCACCUUCAGGGCCUCCGAAUGAAGUGGAUAUCAACCCGGCUGUUGCUGUUCCGGGAUCAUCAGCUGGCUCAUUGCAUGAGGGUUUCAGGAACUCAACCGAGGUCGCAUCAAGAGACGAGGCUUGCUGCAAUAUGGAUAUCGUGGAGAUCGAUCGUGGUGGCCAUGGCCAUUUUGUGGCCAGGGAGAAGUGCGACGAAGGUGCGGGGAUCACUCAUGUCGGGGCGAGCGGGGAUGGCGACUGCACACAUGUGGAGAAAGAGGCAGUGGACGUGAGUCAGUUCAAGCCUCCGCGGCUUCCGUGGGUGUACAAGCUCAUAUGGGUCCUGCGAAAUGUCGUAGCCACUUGUAGUUUCAUAGUUUUCCUGUCCUACUCUCUAUGGGCUGUCCUCUAUUCCUUACGUUUCGAUGCUCUGGACAAGAACCUUCAUGGAGUAAACUUCCUGAUCAUUGCGUUGGACACGGCGGUGGCUGCUACGCCCGUGCGACUACUCCACUUCUAUCAGCCUCUGCUUGUUGGAGUGACGUACUCGGCUUUCACUGUCGUUUUCUGGGCCGCUGGAGGUCGUAACAAGGUGGGCAAACCGUACAUAUACUCGUCGCUGAACUACGAGGAGGACCCAAAGACAGCAGCCAUGUAUCUGGUAAUCCUCUCUCUCGUUGUGGUGCCUUCCAUYCAUUUCUUGAUCUGCUUGUGGUCUUACACGUGGUCUCGUAUACUCCGGCCACGAGGAAAGCUAGCCUCUCAUGCUUGUGGGAGGCCCGUCAACAAUCCCUGAGGAGGUGGUGCCAGCAGUCGGCGAAAAACUCCUUUUGUGGGACCAUUACCCAG